UAUUUCAACUCUGAUCCUUAUCCUAUUUCCUCCUUUCACGCCUGACCUUGCCUUUCCUGUAGCUGACCUCACCUUCACCCUUGAAUAUCAACACACCAGCAGAAAGAGAACACCGACUGUGCGUUCCAGCUGCGAGUUAAACCAUAACGUCUAGUGGUAAUACAGUCACGCUUCAUCAUGUGGCGCCUUCGCGAUAUCCUCGUCGUGGGACUCGCCGUGUCGGGGGCGGCAGCCAGCAACUGGUUCCCCGGUCACAAGACUGUCUACAACAAGUGGCACGAGACGGAGCUUGAGCGCUGGCUCUCGGACCAGAACAUUCCCUAUCCGACCCCGGCCGACCGCAAGGACCUGGAGGACCUCGUCUCCAAGCACUGGAACAACUAUGUUGUCGAGCCCUACAACAGCUGGGACACUCAGCAGCUGAGCGCCUAUCUGCAGUCAAAAGGCAACGAUGUGGUAAAGGGCGCCCAGAAGAACAAGGACAGCCUGCUGUCCCAGGUCAAGGCCAACUGGUAUGAGACUGAGGAUGCCGCCAACUCGGCGUGGGCCAAUGCCCGGGACUGGAUUCUUGAUACCUGGACCGAUUCCCACCUCAAGGCUUUCUGCGACAAGCAUGGCAUUCCUGUUCCCCAGCCGCGUACCCGUGACACUCUUCUCCAGAAGGCUCGCGAGGCUUACCAAACUGCCGCUGAAAAGGCCGGAGAAACCGCUGCCUAUCCUGGAGACUGGCUGUACUCGACCUGGUCCGAGUCUGAUCUCAAGGAGUGGCUUGACACCCACGGCUUCCCUGCCCCUCAGCCCACCACCCGCGACAAGCUGAUUGCCUCGGUCCGCCGCAACUCUCGCCUCGCCUACCUCAAGGCCAAGAGCGAGUCUGAUACUGCUGCUGAGAAGAUCCAGGCUGCCUAUGCCUACCUGACUGACACCAUCAUUGACGCUUGGAGCGAGUCCCAGCUCAAGGAGUUUUGCGACAAGAACGGCAUCCCGGUUCCCCAGGGCACCAAGGUCAACGAACUGAGGGCUCUUGUCCGAAAGCACCGCGCUGAGCUUCUGGGCGACACCGUCGGUGCCACUGCCAAGUCUGCCUUUGGCGCCGCCACUUCCAACGCUGCCAACCAGUAUGCCAAGGCGACUGACAGUGCUUCCCUUGCCGCUCAGGAUGCUUUCGACCAGGCCAUCAACAAGUGGUCCGACAGCCGCCUCAAGGCCUAUCUGGAUGCCCGUGGUGUUCCCGUCCCCCAUGCCAGCAAGACUGACGAGCUCCGAGCUCUUGUUCGGAAGCACGCUCACAAGGCCUCUUCCGGCUGGCAGGCGUGGACGUUUGACGACUUCAGCUACGACAACCUGAAGAACUACCUGCUGGAGAACGGCAAUGCCGCCGCAAAGGCCGCUGCCAAGAAGAAGGAUGCCACUCGCGAGGAGCUUGUCACUGCCGCCCAGUCUGCCUACUCGUCUGCCUCAUCCGCCGGCGGCUCCCAGUACGCCUCUGCCACCAGCUACCUUGCUUCCGUGACGGCCGCCGCCAAGCACAACGCCUUUGACACCUGGUCCGAGAGCGAGCUCAAGGCCUACCUCGACAGCUACGGGGUCCCCGUUCCCCAGAACUCCAAGAUUGACGAGCUCCGCGCCGAGGCUCGCAAGCAGUCCACCUACUUCCGAUAUGGUUCCUCAUCGCCCGGAGGCACCGUCCUCGCUAAGCUCGGAGAGACGGCUCGCGAGGGCUGGAGAUGGGUCGCCGAGCAGCUGCACCUUGGCAGCGAGGUCGCUCGCAAGGAGGCUGCCGAGGCCUCGGCUGAAGCCAAGAAGCAGAGUGAGAAGCUGCGAAACGAGCUGUAA